AUGUUUUUUUUUAUUAUAUUCACAGAAAAUUUACGCACAAUUCACACUGUGCAGAUAAAAAAUGAUAUAACGAGCACUUGUACUAAAAAGGCUAAGAAUUAUUUCGAGUACGAGGAUGAGCAAUUUGGUACGAACGACGUGGAGGAUGUGUACCCUGUAAUAUAUGACGAGUAUUUCUACGAACACGAAAACAGUUUGUAUUCGGCCCCAUUGUUCGAUGGGCGUGCUGGAAUGACAGCAGCGAUGUUAUUACCGGCUAAACGAUUCGAUAUAUGGGCUGAAGUGUCUGCCGUGUGCAGCAAAGGCACUUUAAUGAGCGCCUCAGGCGUGAGGGAUUAUUUAUGGCUUGGUAUUAUAGAUGGCAAGGUCGAAAUGCGUUUUGAUGCCGGUAGCGGGCCUUUGGAGCUCCGUUCGGGGAAAGUGAAUAUUGAUAACAAAUCAAAAUUAUUGGCGCGGAGAUACAAGAAAGAUGCGAUGUUGAAUGUUGGGAGUAUCACUGCGAGAGGAACGACCCAUGGGAGAAUGAGCUCACUCGAUGUGGAACCUUACGUUCAUAUUGGGCUGCCACCGAUGAAUUAUACAUUGUUAUCCAACAUCGGAUUCCCUGGGUUCGUGGGAUGUGUACACCGGCUAAGGGUGAAUGGCCGUGACGUCAUUCCGCCUUCCCGGGGAAUGUCUAUCACUUCACACGGCCUACGAGCGUGCACACCGCAGAAUCUAGCUGAGGUAGUAUGUCCGUGAUACAUAACCAGAUGAUGUUAUUAACUUUGUUGAAAAACUUUUACUUCUAAAAUCUAAUAUUACUUUGUUUCAAGAAAGAUCGUAUUAAAAAAAAACUGUCUGCCGUAUCGUCUAUAAGUCCCUUUUUUUGUUUUCAGACUUUGACAAUGUCAUGUUGUUUUUAUGUAAAGUAGGUUUGAUUUGUGCGCUGCUAACAUUUUUUUAUGGUUAAGUGGAAAAUCUACAGAAUUACGUCUAACUUUUUCAAACAUACUUUUUUCGUUCACUAUAAAUUGUCGCUAUAAAGUAGAU